UUAUCUCUGUUCAGUCAGAUUCUGUUCAGUUCAGUCUGUUCUUUAUUGUUCUUCUGUCUUCUUUUGUUUGUAUGUUUGAGUCUUUAGCGUUUGGCAGAAAUUAUUUAUGUUCAGUUUUUGAGAAUUUCUUCUAGAAUGUAAUUCAAUGUACGACCGGCUUCAAAUGAGUGCUUAUUGAUCAGCAUGGGAGUUGAUUUUGAUGUUUUGGAAUACUGUCAGAAGUUGAAAAUUACUAACAAACCACCGUACAAAUGCCCAGUUGUAGAAUGUGGGAAACCGUACAAGAGUAUGAGUGGUUUGCAAUACCAUCUGGUGAAUUUUGAUCAUAGUGCUCCCAUUCAAGCUCACACGCCUGUUACGCCAGCAACUCCUAUGUCGCCAAAGAAAGCUAACCGUAAGAAAGGGCGCAACUCGCAUGCAGCCGCUAUCAAGGCAGAGCCACUCGUCUCGCCGGCCCGUGAAGGACUCACUUAUGCAGAGGCUCAAAAGUUUGUCGAGUUCGAAUUAAAUGGAAGAGUGAAACGUAUUAGCAUAGAUCAAAACAUACCUAUAGUCUCUGUGUCAAAAAAUAAUACAAAUAAACAAUCACCUGUGAAUACAGCUAGUAUAACAAGCCUAGCUAAAAGCCAGGAAGCAGUUUCUAAGUUACCAGAGCCAUGCUUCAAAGUGCUGGACAACUACAAUAUUCCUGAUGCGCCUCCAAGACCAAACGCCUAUAUAAGAUUCAUCGAGAGGUCACCGGAAGAAUUGGAUGGAGAGGUGGAGUAUGAUAUGGAUGAAGAGGAUGCUGCAUGGCUGGCCAUCAUGAACGAGCGCAGGGCCACAUCCGGACUGCCAGAUGUUCCCAUAGACACUUUUGAGCUUCUCAUGGAUCGACUGGAGAAAGAGUCUUAUUUUCAGAUGAGUACCACCGGUAAAACGGGUGAUGGACAACAAAUCAUGGAUGAUGAGGCUGUCUGCUGCAUUUGUAUGGAUGGAGAGUGUGAGAACUCCAAUGUGAUCCUUUUUUGUGAUAUGUGUAACUUGGCCGUUCAUCAAGAUUGCUAUGGUGUUCCAUACAUUCCUGAAGGACAGUGGCUGUGCAGGCGUUGCUUGCAAUCGCCGUCAAGGUCAGUGGACUGUGUGCUGUGUCCGAACAUAGGUGGCGCAUUCAAGCAGACCGACCGUGGGCAUUGGGCCCACGUGGUGUGCGCCCUCUGGAUACCGGAAGUCAGAUUUGCUAAUACGGUGUUUCUAGAGCCGAUCGACAGCAUUGAGACGAUCCCGCCAGCCAGAUGGAAGCUGUGCUGCUACAUCUGCAAGCAGCGCGGCGUGGGCGCCUGCAUCCAGUGCCACAAGACCAACUGCUACUCGGCAUUCCACGUCACCUGUGCUCAGCAGGCCGGCCUCUACAUGAAAAUGGACACUGUUAGAGAUACGCACUCUGCAAUAGUGGGAGGCGAGCCGGGUCCAGUGACGGUGCAGAAGACGGCGUUCUGCGACAGUCACACACCAGCGGACAGCGAGGGCAAGGUGCGACCCGUAAACGUUGUGGCCAGUCCGCAUCCGGCUGCGGCAGACGGCGACGACGCCAACAACGUGAGGCGCAUGCUCGCCAAAAAGCGAACCUCCGUUCCGGUCAUCUCCAUUCCCACCAUUCCUCCUGACAGGAUACAAGAGAUUGGCUCUUUGGUGACGAUUGCGAAGAAAAGUCAAUUUAUACAGCGACUGAUCGCAUACUGGACCCUGAAACGUCAUUUUCGUAACGGCGUGCCUCUGCUGCGUCGGCUACAAAGCUCUCAUCUUUCUCGUCGUGAUGAACCUCGCCAUAACCAGGAGGUGGUGAGUGAUAUUGGUGAAAUGUAUCGUCAGCUAAUUCAAUAUUAUUCAGUAUAUUUUCCUUCACUUGAUUUAUAGAAUAUAAUAACUAGGAAGCUUCAAAAAUAUCAAUAUUCAAGUGUGAAAAUAAUAUUUUUCAGGGAAGCAAUGCGCAUCGAACUCCAGCUCUGUCCACUGAACAGUCGUCUGCGUCGGUUGCUCGACACACUGAGAGACCUGGACACUGGCGAAAUAUUCACAGAACCAGUCGACCAAACCGAAGUGCCCGACUAUGGCGACAUUGUCAAACAUCCCAUGGACCUGUCUACGAUGAGCAAAAAACUUGACGACUACUGCUACUCAUCGUUGGAGGAGCUAGAAGCUGACUUCAAAUUAAUGAUUCAGAACUGUCUGGACUACAACGCCAAAGAUACCGUGUUCUACCGAGCUGCCAUCAAAAUGAAAGAGCAAGGCGCCGUAGCACUGAGGCAGGCGCGGAAGGACAUCGACAAACUCAACCUCGACCAGAGCUGCGGGCUGCUGGAUGUGCCUCAAUCAGCUCCCCUCCCCAAUGCAGCGCGUGGCGAAAAGCUAGCCAGUGACAUCGACAAGGAACUGGCUGACAUCACCGAUUCCAAAAAUUCCAUGGACGAGGAUCAGAAGAUGUGCAAGCUAUUACAGUUGUUGGACCGCAGUGGAAUGCUCAAAAAUGCGAUUUCCCGAAACAGCCGAGUGAAACGUAUCAAGUUGGAAAUGGCAAAAAUGAAACGCAGAAAGUCUCAACAGUUCAAACGCAACAAUCCUUUGAAAAGUGUAGCGAACACAGACACCGAUGGUGCAAAAACCAGUGAUGAUGAUGCACCACUUCGGCCUGCAAAAGCAGCCAAUGCUGAAGACACAGCUAAACCUAAUGUCGAUGCUGAAAGUGGAAACGCCUCUGCAAAACGGAGCAGGCGUAAAAAGACAUGGGAUGACUUUAUCGACUGUACGGUUAAGAGUGGUGGAGGGAAUCAAUCUGUUGUUUCUAAGCAUUCAGCUUCUGCCCGGAAAGUUUCAACUUUGAAAGCAACUCCUGUCAGGGAUAACAGCUGUGGCUCCUCAUCCUCGUCCAAUAGCAAAGAUACAGGUGAGAAGUCAAUGUCGACUCCGAGUAAAUCGGGAGACUCGAAUGGCAGCGAAGCGCAGCUGACGGCGUCGCCAUCUGGUGUGAACCGACGCAGCGCUGUGCUGUUCCGCAAGCGCAACACACCAUCCAGCCCUGCUCCCGGGUCAGUUCAUGUUUCAGACGACUGCGAGGAGUCGCACUCUGAGGACGAGUUGAGCUGCUCGGGCUGCUCGGCUGUGUCGGACGGCAGCUGCGGCAGCGGAAGCGGAAGUGGAUGUGGAAGCGGAAGUGGUAGCGGAUGCGACAGUGCGAGCAGCUGCGAAUCAAGUGACGACGACGCAGCUAACGACGACAACGCGAACCAGGAGGCAUUGGAACAGCUGCAGCUGGUGUGGGCCAAGUGCAGGGGCUAUCCCUGGUAUCCUGCACUCAUAAUUAAUCCAAAGUUGCCUCGAGGAUACGUUCACAAUGGUGUUCCCAUUCCAUCGCCACCCGCCACUGUAUUGGCCGAAGCUAAUAAAUACACUGAACCAGUUUAUCUUGUCCUAUUCUUUGAUACAAAGCGGACCUGGAACUGGUUGCCGCGAAAUAAGCUGGAGCCGCUUGGAAUAACCGACGAGUUGGACCAAAUAAAAAUGAACGAGUCUCGCAAACCCACCGAUCGGAAGGCUGUGAAAAAAGCCUACAGUGAUGCGAUGACCUACAGAACACAAACCAGUACAAAUGAUAAAGAAGAGAAGAAGGAAACUGAAACAGCUAACUCCAUGGAAGUGGAGUAGGCUUGAAGGUGGAGUAGCUGGAGGACGUCGGCUAAUAUAAAUUGAUAUUGAAACCCCAAGUACUGUAAAAGAGUACAAGAUUUGUGAGAGUUCAAAGAGUUCUUGUUGUGUUUGUCAAUGAAGAACUUGAAGUUGUGUUAUGUUGAGAUUUCAAAUGGAAUAAUUCUAGAAUGAUUUUUAAUUUGUUUCCAUACAAAUAAUAGUUUUCUUUCCAUAAAAAGUUUUUGUAAAUAUUCGUAAUGAACUAAAUUUCAAAUAAUUAAUAUGCAAUGAACUUAUUCUCACAAACUAUUUUAAUUCGUGAAUCGUGGUAGGCAAUUUCUGAUUAUUUUAAUGAAUUGAUUAUUCAGUAAUUUUAAUAACUUAUUUUGUGAUAACUACUAUUUUUAUAGUUUAGGCAAAGAUUGUUGAGUCUUCGUUUAGUAAAAAUUCUUGAGAAUAAUAAAAAUUCAUUUUCAUCCAAUGAUAAGCUCUUAUACAGUCACUGAAUAGACUUGUACAAUAGACUCUUUAAUAACUGAAAAGUGUGUGUUUGUCAUGUUCACAUUCUUUCUUUUGUUACUAAUUUGAUAUGAAUGGUUUAUAAAUUUCAUUCAUUGUUACUUUACUGUUUUCACCAAGAUAAAUAAUUAUGUUCUUAUCAAAGUUCAUCUUCAAUAACAUUUCAACUACUCUUCACAGUUUCUUAGAUUUUAUACAAAAAUUGUAUUACAGUAUUCUGUAUUUUAACGCACAAAAGUGUAUUUGCUAGAUUCAUUAAAGUCAUUAAUGAAUUGAAGAA